UCUUGGCCUUGCGGGUAUCAUAGCUACUGUAUACUUUGGCCACGGCGGUCCUGUUCCAUUCGCCCUUUUAUUUUUAUUGUAUUUAACAAUGUUGAGGUAUUUUUGCUUUUUGGCGGUGAUUUUGGGGGCGAGGUCGGCUUCUGCCCCCUUCAUUACACCUUGCAAAAAAGGCGACAGUGCCUGCAUCAUCGCUUCAGCUCAAGCCGCCGUGCCGUUCAUCGCUGCGGGGAUCCCGGAGCUGAACGUGCCUUCCCUGGACCCCAUGUUGCUAAAGGUGGUCAAGUCUGAGGAGGCGGGGUUGAGGCUUACGUUGAAAAAUACUACUGUUACGGGGAUGAAGGAUUGCAACAUUGAGGAUACCAGGUUGGAUGAGUCAACAGACAAGCUGGACAUGGUAGUGCGCUGCUCCGUGGUGCUUCGAGGAUGGUACAAGCUGCGUGGAAUGAUCCUAUUGCUGCCAAUCCGCGGAGAAGGCAAGAACACCAUCAAAAUCCGUGACAUAGUCAUCACAGCCAACACCAGCCUGGCGACAGUGAAGGGAGCCGACGGUCAAGAGCACUGGCACGUCAACAAGUGGAAGCAUUCCUUCGAUGUCCUCACUAAGACCACCUUCGACUUUGAGAAUCUGUUCGAUGGAAAUAAGGCACUGUCGGACCCAGUCGACGCGAUAGUAAAUGCCAACUGGAAGUUGGUAAUGACGGAAAUAGCGCCCCCUAUCGUGCGCGCAAUCACCGAGCGCGUCGUCACCGCGGUGGAGGCGUUCUUCGCAGCGGUGCCCUUAAGCGAGCUUCACUAAGUAGUUUGUGCAUAUUAUAUGGUUAAGAACAUAGGUUUAUACGUGUAUUGUGUAAGCUUAGGAAUAAAAAUAUGGGAUAGCGAAUUGUGAUAAUAAAUUAUUGAUUUUUAA